AUGAAAGCAAUGCUGGAACAACAUCAGCUGCAAAUCAGUGAGAACUCUCGUCGUAUAGAACAAAUGAAAAAAUUCAGCCGCUCAUUGAAUGUUCGUCUUUUUGGAUACGAUUUUUCAAGAUGCAUAGUCACCGUGACUUUGGAUAAUGGAACAACCGUGGAUCGUGUGGAUAAACCCUACGAUCUCUUCAUCAUACUUGUUGUUGAUGGCAUGAAUCGCACGAUCGAAGAGGCUCGUAGUUUGGCACUACAAUCAAUACAUUGGACAGGUCGUCUGAAUAAUAAAUGUGUCCUGUUUCAUUCUUGCGUGCAGAAGACAAAAUGA